AUGCCAACGACAAGAGAUCAGAGGCGAGACAAGGAAAUGGAAGCUGCCCUCAUCACGUUCUUCUUAUCGCCACGCUUCGCCGUGGCAGGUGCAUCUUCUGACCCCUCCAAAUUUGGUCACAGAGUGUUUGCAUGGUACCUUCAGCACUCCCUCCCCGUCACACCCAUCAAUCCGCGCUCCCCCACCAUCUCCGUCCUCAAGCGCGACCACACCACCGUCCCAUCGCCGACCGCUCUGUCCGACCCUCCAGCCUCGGAUUACUCUCUGUCUGUGAUCACGCCGCCAGCUGUCACCAAGCAGCUGCUGAAGGAGGCUAAGGAGGCUGGUGUGCCUGCCGUCUGGCUGCAGCCCGGCAGCUUUGACGGUGAUGUGCUUGAGUAUGCACAAAAAAGCUUCAAGGCUGUUAUCGCCGGCGAUGGAGGCAGAGGAGGUGAGGGGUGGUGUGUGCUUGUUGAUGGAGAGGCGGGGCUGAAGGCUGCGGGGAGGGAAUGGUCGAGGCUAUAA